UACGAUAUCUCUCACUGCAUCACCCGGAUCGUCCAGGGCUGGGGCAACUACAACUUCGGCUACGACGAAGACCACACGUCGGGCGGCUCGUUCCGGCGUGAGACCGGCACCGCUCUGGGCGCCAAGGUGGGCUCAUACGGCCUGCGCGACGCCGACGGCCGCGUGCGCGUCGUCAGCUACGUGGCCGACGAGCUGGGCUUCCGGGCGUCGAUCUCCACCAACGAGCCCGGAACCGUGCCGUCAACGCCUGCCGACGUAUCUAUAGGCGCUACUCAACAAGGCACAGCUGCGCCAGCGGUGCCGGGUGAGUAAGGGAGACUUGCACAGUAUUACGUUUUCAAUGGGCGCUAGAGUCACACGGUAGUCUUGCAACAUGCCUUUAAGAAUGACAGAAUAAGGCGAGCGACUUCGGUGAAAAGAACAACCUGAUAACUUUGACCCCCUAUUCGAAGUUUCUGAUCAGCAUCUUAAUCUUAUGGAUAUCGUUAGUACCGGCCGCCAAGGGUUUUCAGCGUAUUACAAUCAGCCAUCGGCUACCGCAAU